GUUAUGAGGAGGGCGGUACUCGAUUCGUCUUGGUAUAACACUUAGCUACUUCCUCAUGCACCACGUUCACGAUGCUGCAGCCCGUCGUCCUUCUCUCUGUGGCUUUUCUGCUGCGUUCAUGUGAAGCAAAAGGUGCAGUGAUCCAUGUGUUUGCGAAGACAGGACAGGAUUUAUUUCUGGAUCUCAAGCAAGAUGUUUCUUUAGAAGGAGACACUGACUUCAUAUGGAAAUUCAAUGACAGUCAUAAUAUUGUAAAAUAUACAAAUGAUAUUUCAGCAAGAAUUCACAAGAGUUAUCAAGGAAGAACUGUAUUUUCUGCACAAAACUUUUCUUUACUCUUGAAUAAUGUAGCAAAGACGGACAGUGGACAUUACACUGCACAUGUUUCUGGUGACGACGACAGCCUUCUAGUUAAAUUCACGGUCACCGUUCAGGAUCCAGUGUCUCCGGUUAAGCUGAGAGUUAAAUCCACCGGCUCCUGUAACCUCACUGUGACCUGCAGUGCAGUGGGCUCUGACAUCAGCAGCACUGCUACAUGCGACAACAGAACCUGCUCUGAGGCCACAACCUAUCCCUCCUCUAUCAGCAUCUACGUGGAGCAAGGCUUCGUCAUCUGUAACCAUAGCAACCAUGUGAGCUGGGAACAGGACAAGAAGGAUAUUAAAACUUUCUGCGAGCCGAUUCCAGUUUCUGGUGCAACACCCACAACUGCAUUUGUCCUUGCCAUUGUAAUUGGUUGCGCUGUGCUGGCCCUUUUCCUGUUCAUAAAAUAUUUAAGAAAGAAAAGAAAGAACCCCGGAAAUACAAUAUAUGCAGUUCCCCAGAAUUCCUCUCCAGACCAAACUCGGACCCGGGAUCAUGCAGAAGAUCCUACAUCUCCGACCUCCACUUACAGCUUUGUCCAGUUUCCCAAAGCACCUUCAGUAUCCACUAUGAACAAAAAAGCCUGUUCACCAGAAACAAUUUAUGCUCAGGUUAACAGGUCUGCCAAGAACAGUGGCACAACAAAACCCAUGAGCUGAAAAACGCUGAGAAGACAUGUUUACAGGAAUAACCCAGGACACGUGCAGUAUAUGCUGGAUGAAGGACAUGCUGGGUCCUCUCUAGCUAUAAAGUAGCCAGUAAACAAAUUAGAGGUACAAAUUUUAUGUUUCAGUAUUUAAUGAUGUUGCUUUGAUUUUUUAUUCAUUCCUACUGAAUAUUAUAACGCAUCUCUUGCAGCUGCAUAUUUAUUAGGCACAAUCAACAAGAAAUGUUAUGUUUAGACUUGUUAUUUUUGUUGGGAUUAGGAACUGGAAUUAAUGUAAAUAAACCUGGUUCUGUUAGAGUGUGAUGAAGUUCAUGAUAUCAGUAGGUGAUUUGGCUUGCGGACCCUACAUGGGGAGGGACUCCUUCCACGCACACGUACUUCCCCUGGUCUUUCCAGGGGAACAACCGUGAAACCUCUAAUGAUGAUGAGUUUGGUGAUCUCGUCACUGGUUUCAUUCAAAUAGUUGAACAACAGCGAGAGAUAAGUGCUCUUGCUAUCAGCAAGCAAAGAACUAAACCACUAAAGUGCUGAAGUUAUUAUUCUUCUGGCUUUUUUUUGGCAGCUAAACUAAACAGCCGAACACAAUAUAUAUACACCCUAACUCUCAGCAAGCCAUGCCUGCAAGCUAACAGAGUCUUGAGUCUAGUCUAGAGCUCUUUUUAAGUUCUUAAUCAGUUAAUUUUACUUUGGGGUCUAGGAAGCAUAUUAUGUUGUUCUUUAUUACCUUUAUGAUAUCACUUAUAUAUAUUAAAAGCAAGACAAUGACUAUGAAUGCUUUGGGAAAGACGAAAUGACACAACUUUAAAUUGCAGAGCGAGAUAAUGAAUUAGAGAACCACUGUAGUUUACGGGUACUAAAAAGAAUGAAAUAUAAAGCUCUAUACAAGGCUGAAAUAAUCUUCCCUGCUGCAUGUGAGCAUGUUCUAGCAGCGGGUACUGAGAAAAGAGGUGCUACAAUGUACAGCAACAAAAAAGCAUGAAUAUAUAUGUAUAUACACUGUCUAUAUUGAUUCUUUACAGAAAACCUGUGAAGCUGUUCUAGGAAACCAGACUGCUGCAAGUUCACAUCUGGUUUUUGCCCUGUGCAUUUGUUUGAUGGCCUUUAUUUAAAAUCUUUGUUCAUAUUGUUUGACCCCCGGUAUGCUAACAUGAUGCAAACUUGGUUUAUUCUCAUAGAUGUUGCAGGGGAGCGGAUGCUCAUUUGACUAAAAACACCCGCAAACACACACACAACAGCGCUAAUUAUGAGAUCAGUAUCAUCAAUCUUCAACCCACCCACGUCUUCUUGUUAAAAAAGAAAGUACAUUUAGUAAAGGAAGGUUUGUGUAAUCUGCAUAGCUACGAAGCUUUUAAAGAUUAAUCAUGAAAGGUCCAUGAAACGGCCCGUGUGGGACUCCAUACAGCAUGUCAGAUAUACCAGAGAAACAAAAAUCAGGCUUUUUUCUCAGGGGGAUUUUAAUGUGAUGAUUGUAUUUAUUUGUUUUCAAAUAAACAGUUUUUGU